GUUGUCAGUCAGUUGUCUAGUUGUCAAGUUCACAGUGCGUGAAAUUUUCGUCAUAUUUUUAAUUUGUCCUUUUAGGUUCGUCAAGCUCAAAAAUUUUAGUUAAUCAAAUUUUAAAUGGCUUUCCAAAUCAUCAAGCAUUUCUGUGUACCGCUGGCUGCAAAAGAACCUUGUAUUGUCGUUCGUGGGGGAGCAAGCCACCUAUCUUUGAACUAUGAUAAAGUCAUGUCUGCUCUCGAACUGAUUGCUAAGGAGAGUUACAAGUUGCUGAAAUUAAAGUUGCCCUCUACGGACGCCGUGGAAGAGACAAUAAAAUUUCUUGAGGAAAACCCAAUUUUCAACUGUGGGUGUCAAUCCAUUUUGAAUGAUCCUCGCAAUGGACAGGUUGAAAAUCACGCGUCAAUUAUGGAGGGAAAAAAUAUGAAAUUUGGAUGUGUCUCCAGCAUUGAUUCCUCCAAACAUCCAAUAUCAGUAGCCAGAGCUAUUAUGGAGAGAUCUUUAGGCUCUUGCUUCUUGGUAGGCACAUCGGCGUUAAGAUUUGCAGAAAAGUGUAGAGUCCCAACAGUCCAUGGAAGGAGGAUGUUCUUGGAUAUAUCCAAUGCCUGUAAAAAGACCCUGGAUACAAAAUGUGAUUGUCCAGUUGGAGAAUUAGGGAAACCUUCAGAUGCUGACGGAUGCGAGCAAGUGGAUUGGAAGAAAUGUCACGGUGGAGUGGGCGUGGUUGCCAUGGAUGAAUAUGGGAACAUGGCUGCAGGUGCCUCAUGUAGCGCGUUGGUCGGUAAAACGGAAGCCGGGAUCAGCGGAGAACAUUUGAUCGGCAGCGGAGUUUACGCCAAAAACACGAAAGGGGCCGUUUCAGUUUCUGGAAAUUGUUCGCAGCUCAUUUCAUUGUGCGCUGCAUGUCGUCUGAUGAAAGCUAAAGAUCAGUCAGCUGCGUGGAACAUUCUUCAAUAUUUCUCACAUUUUUCAGAUGAUGCUUUCGGUGCCAUCUAUAUAAAUAGGGAAGGGCGGAUAGGAGUCUAUACACUUAAGGGUCAGAUGCCUUGGUAUGUAAUCAAAGGAUCGGGUAUUCGUUGCGGCGACUACUUACCAGGUUGCUACUCAGGCUUCACCUAAAAAUGUCACCAUCAACCAAACUUGUUUUUUAUAAAGGAAAGGGUAUUCUUACUGGUGACUCCUGGGUUGAUAAAUCUGCCCAGUUUACCGUCAAAUGGAGUGUACAAUAAAUGCAAGAUUAUUUUUAGAAGAUAA